AUGCUGUCCACACCCAAACCCUUCACCUCCCUCCUGCCAUCCACCACCCACCGUCCCCGCUCCGCCUUCUUCGGACCCGCCGCCUCCCUGACCUUGAUCCGCGACCAACUCACCCUCCCGACCUGGCUAAGCAUCGGCGCCCUCCUCCAAGGCCUCCUCUUCCUCGUCAUCGGCCGACUAGCUCUCGCUCCAGCAUUCCUCUACCUCUGCUAUAAUGCGCUGAAAACAUAUGCCAUGGCUACUGGUUGGAUUAAGAAUACCUACAUGGAUGGUGUGGUCAAAGGUAAAUACAGCGCCCAAUUCCCGGACGAGACGGGCGAUUUCAAAGACGGUAAACCCUCGAGCCAGGACGUCGUGGUCCUUCUCAUCGGCAUGCGCGUCAACCAUCCUCUUGGUAUCUUGGCACCGGGGCUAAAAGACUUCGGCGGUUUCUUCCAGGAUAUGACGAAGGAUUUAGAUAAGCACGGGGAGGAAUUCGGAUACUUGGGCAUGACGAGCUGGAUCAACACGAGCCAGCGGGAGACGAAGAGCGAGUUGCUGAACGUGGCGUACUUUCGGAGUACGGAAGGUCUGCACAAGUUUGCGAUGAGCGAGUAUCAUAUGACUGGUUGGAACUGGUGGAACAAACACACAAAGCAAUAUCCACACCUCAGCAUCUACCACGAAAUCUACCAUGCACCUGCCGGCCACUGGGAGAACAUCUAUGUCAAUUCCCACAUUUCGAAUUUUGCUAGUACGGCGCAUAAGAUGGUGGAUCAAGAGACUGGGGAGGAGAAGUGGGCGAGUCCUGUGGUGGACGCUUCGAAAGCUUCGUUGAGGAGUAUGAAGGCUAGGAUGGGGAGGGGGGAGGAUUGA